AUGCUCUCUUCUACCGAGACCGUUCUGCCGCCUACUAAGGCCGGGCUUUAUUUCGAUCCUCCCACGUUUGACAGCUCAUCCUCGACCCUUGAUUCUACUGGUCCGAGGGCGUUGCGAAAGCACAAAACCCUCCCUCAUCCCAGGAACAGCAAGCCAUCUGCCACGCACGGCUCACGCGCGCCCCAUGGCUUUGGCCUAGCCAUUGACACGAAGGCAUCUUGGUCGGAAUCCGGCUCGCAGGUAUCCAGUGCGCCGUCGCAAGCCCGGCGCGCGGGCGGACCCGACCUGCCACCAACGCCGCCGGCUCACUCGCGCACCUCGUCCAGCAGCCACUCCGUCCUGCCGUCCAGUCCAACGUGCGUCGGCAGCCCAGAGCAGAGCGUGUCUAGCCUCUCGGCCACGAGGAUACCGGGCACGCCGCCGAAUCAGAAGAGCCCGCCCACGCCCGACGUGACACCACCGCAGCAGAUGCGGCGGCCAAAGGGACCGCGGCCGCUGCUCUCGGAUCGCAUUCCCUCCAAGGCCACAACGGCCGACUCUCGAACCGAGUCCUUCAGGACGGCACGGGAAGACCCGUAUUCAUCGGACGAAGACAAGGCAUCUAUGCUGCGGCCCACAUUACAUUCGGGGAGAACGUCACGAAAUACGGUGCGGCCAACGGACGUAAGGCGAAAGAAGCCCCAAGGCAUUGGGCUAGGACUGGGGCUGGAAUCAGACGAUAACUUGACCCCAAGGACAAAACAAGAAUUUUUCACAUUUGAUGGGGAAUGGGCCGGAGGUGCGUCCGGAAGCGAGGUCGAGCAGGAAUGGGACGAGAAUCUUUUCAGGAAUGUCACGGUGCGCAAGCGACGGCCGAAGCCAAAAAUGGUCGCAGAAGAGACACCGAGAGACAGUGCCACUGAGGUGCUCGAGGAUGUUACAGUCACUCCGACGAAUGCAACAAAGGCUCUGCGCUCGAUACCUCUGCACGACAAUCAGCGACGCUAUUCCUCGCCCAAGACAGUACCUGAUCGCGACCGGGGCAAACGCCAGACAUCAGCCUCCACAUCGGAGCCACCGGUCAAUGUCGACGCCAGGCGGUCGUCAGUCAUGUCUUCCAGAUCUACCGUGUCAACAGUCGUGGAGGCGAUCCUGGUGGACGCGACGCCGCCACGGCGGAGAACGCUUCGUCAUGUGAGAAAACAGCCGACUCUACGAGACUCGGCGCCUCGGAUAUCCCCUGCAAGCUCCACAGCAUAUUCCACGGGCUUAGAGGAGACGGCCAGAUAUCCCAGACCACGCAUCGGCGUCGAUGCCGGGCACACGGAGAGUUUUGCUUCAUCUGGUACGGUCAACUCUCUAGCCAGCCGCAAGGCACGACGUGAAGUGUGGAAGAAUGGCGGAGUUCCCGUUGUCGUCAUUCCUGAUCGCAGGGCGUCCAUGAAGCCUGCGGGUACGCCCUCGCUGAGGUCGACAAGCAGUCGCAGAUCACAGCGGAGCAGCAGCCUGAGUUCCAUUCCCCUGUCAAACCAGUCCAAGGUGAAGGAUUUGGCUCCUUACUUUGAACGGCCAUCCCGGCGAGGUAGAGCCAUGUCAAUGUCGACAUCUGAUGGAUCACUUCCGGGCGACCAGCGAACCAUAGACUAUCCUCCGAUCGUACCACUUCGCACUUCUUCUCUGUCGGCCCCUACGAGCAGAAACAAUUCCAGGAGCAACUCCCGGAGCAACUCCCGCGCAAAUUCACUUGCAGGCUCUCGUACAAACUCCCUGACCGCUGCAAGCCUAAAGCUACACAAUGCACUGCAGGAGCAGCAGGCGCAGGACCAAUCACCCAAGAUCACCGUGGAGCAGGCGUCAAGCAUCCCUGACGUUGAGUACAUCGCAGCAGAGGAUGAUCAUUCGGAUGAGAGACAACUUCAGCCGGCCCCUUCCGUCGAGUCGCACAAGGAGAGAGAUGUGCGUGACCACAGGCCACUCCUUGACCACAACGGUGAUCCGUUCUUCGGCAAGCGACUGACAGCGCACAACACCCCGUUUUCAAUCGCGUCGGUCGAGACAAACGGGACACACUCUGCAGCCGAGGUUUCGGAAGCCAUGGCGGUGAACAUCUAUCCGCACCAGAACCGAUCCGUCCGCAUGGUGGACCACACCUCCAAGGCGUUUGAUGCAAACGCACUUGAUAGAGAGCAUUCGGUCGGGUCUGAUGAGACUGGUGAGACUAUUAAGACUGAGAGGAUUGGUACAGAAUUUGAGAAACCUAGUAUCACCGCAACCGGCCCAGACGGUGAACCUGUCACACCUCCCCAGCCUCAGUUUUCUAUGGAUGACGUGGACUCUCCUCUACGAAACCCACGCGCACCGCCCGAGCCUCCUGCGAUCAAGUUCACCCCGGCCACACCCUCUGGCCUCACGCCUGCGGCAGAAAAGAUGAAGAUGCUGGGCAACUACUUUGAAGCGGACGCGCCGGAGAGGCGGCCCUCCUUGGUCAAGCGAGCGCUGAGUCUGAGAAGAAGCUCUGCCAAUGGUGUCCCUCGCAGUCCAGGCUUCCUUGCUCGCACGCUCUCACUAUCGCGGAACAUCCGCAAAGACACUGCUGAGAACCCGGAUAUGGAGGUGGGAGAGGACGCGGUUCGUCAUCAAUACCCAAACAUUGAUGACCCACCUCCGGACGAGGAUAGGCUGCACCCUUUCUGGCGCCCUGCGUCGUCCCAGUUCGAGCCUGAAGACGACGAGGAUUGGGUCUAUGAUGUUCAGGGUAGUGUGGACCGUGACGACCACUAUUCAGCAGGUAGCAGCCGACCUGGCCCGCCUCGGCGUUCACUUUCAUCCCGCAUGAAACGCACAUUCGCCAUAUUGCCGAUCACGAACGAUGAUCACUACAUGUCCGCAGGCAACCGUGCCCCCGAUCGCCGCACCAUCAAGCGAACGCCCAGCGGAAACCUGCGCGUGAUGCGCCACCGCGACAGCUACUCCAGCAUGCACUGGGGUCGUCGUUCAUCGUCCUCCAACCGCCACGACGACGACAAUGACGAAGCCGAGGGCCGGCCGUCCACAGCCCCGGACGUUCGACCCGGCCGCCGCGCGUGGGGCGUGGAGAAGCGCGUGGACUCGCAGGGCCGCCGCUUCUUCCCAGGCUGGCAGGACAAGAUGGAACAGUACGGCUUCCAGAACCUGCAGCGCCGCCUCAGCGAGCACAGGCGCCAGAAGCGCAGCGACGCUCUCCGCCAAAAGAUCAGCGGCCCACGUGAGGUCCGCGAUGGCGUCGGCGAGGUCAUCAAGCGCAACAGUUACAAGGGGCCCAGCUACCAAACGCCGUCGGGUGUUGGUGUCGGCCGGACAGUCUCGAUGGGCGACAUGGACGGCGUCGAGCGCGCGCCCAGGGUCCAGGUCCAAGUCUAG